GCCGGCUCUCGGUGCCUGAUGUGAGGAAGGCUGAAGUGAAAACAACUGUGGCUCAGGGUGAGACUCUGAAGGCCGACGGCUUCUCGUUUCCUCCCGAGAUUCCCUUAUUUAAUUACUUCAACAUCCCUGGCCCACAUGUAACGUUACGUCUCAAAGUAAUCGGUCGAUAGAAGGUGGAUAUUCGUGGAAAGCUGACCAGAAAUCCGUGCGAGAACCGAGUGAAGAAGCAGACAUGGACGAAAAGGCGUUUUCGAAAGAGCUCGAUCAGUGGAUUGAACAGCUCAAUGAAUGCAAACAGCUGUCGGAAAACCAAGUCAAGAGCCUCUGCGAGAAGUCUAAAGAAAUCCUGACCAAGGAGUCUAAUGUGCAGGAAGUGAGAUGUCCGGUCACCGUGUGUGGAGAUGUACACGGCCAGUUUCAUGACCUUAUGGAGCUCUUCAGAAUCGGAGGAAAGUCACCAGACACGAACUACUUGUUCAUGGGAGAUUAUGUUGACCGAGGCUAUUACUCUGUGGAAACAGUCACACUGCUCGUUGCUCUCAAGGUAAGGUACCGUGAACGCAUUACAAUACUUCGAGGGAACCACGAAAGCAGACAGAUCACACAAGUGUACGGCUUUUAUGACGAAUGCUUACGGAAAUACGGCAAUGCAAAUGUUUGGAAAUACUUCACAGACCUCUUCGAUUACCUUCCUCUUACUGCAUUGGUAGAUGGUCAGAUCUUCUGUCUUCAUGGAGGAUUGUCACCGUCCAUAGACACUCUUGAUCACAUCAGAGCGCUGGAUCGUUUACAGGAAGUUCCUCACGAGGGCCCCAUGUGUGAUUUAUUGUGGUCUGACCCAGAUGACCGUGGAGGUUGGGGUAUUUCUCCUAGAGGUGCAGGCUACACCUUUGGGCAGGACAUAUCCGAGACGUUCAACCACGCUAACGGCCUUACGCUGGUCUCUAGAGCUCACCAGCUAGUGAUGGAGGGAUACAACUGGUGCCAUGAUCGCAACGUGGUAACGAUUUUCAGCGCGCCCAACUACUGCUACCGCUGUGGGAAUCAGGCAGCCAUCAUGGAACUCGACGACACCCUCAAGUACUCCUUCCUGCAGUUUGACCCCGCGCCUCGCAGAGGAGAGCCGCAUGUGACUCGCCGUACCCCUGACUACUUCCUGUGAAUAUAGUAUUGCCAUGAUAUUAUAAUCCUCAUCAUUCAGUUUAAAAUAAGGGGAGAGGAAUGGGCAACAGUAUAUAAAAAGAUAAGAGAAAACUGAUCCAGUGAGAAACGUCUGUGGACCAAAAGGUGUGUGCCAUAUCCAAACCGAUCCAGGAGCACCAGAUAUCAGCCGCCUGUCCUCCGUUCCUGUCUGCUCUUGCUUCUGUCCUCCGCUCUUUAGAUGAACACAGGCUGUGAAACCCUUCUGAACACACGGUCUCCUUCAUGAACCCUGUUUGUGUUCUUCUUUUUCUUUUUUUAUGUCUGUUUGCACUUUUUUUUUUUUUUCAACAGAACAAGGUCAGUUUUACAGUUUAUUUCCAUGUUCUACGGGUGAUUCGAUGCUUUUAUAUCCCAACAAGCAGGCUAUAAUCUUUCCUACAAUGAACAUGUUAAACAAAUGCCAACUAUUGAUAUGCGGCAGACUAAGAUGGCAUGCUGUCGUCUGAGUCCUGGAAUAGCUUCAUAUGAUGGCUCUGUGUCUGUAUAAAGGGUACCAGUUCAAGAAUAAAGAUGGAUAUUGCUCCUG